GGCUUAGGUUCACACAUGAAGUUGUAUUAUUAAAAACCAGGGGACGGAUCCGCGUCCAUCACCUGCCACUUUCACCUGCGGGCGUCAAUCACGCUCGGACGUGCGUCGUUUUCCCCUGACACGACACUUCUACCUGAUUGGUCCAUCCUUGGCUGAGGGGCGGGCGCUCCACGGCCUCUGCUGAAAUGCCAUUGGUCGACAGGCGGCUUGGUUGACGUGACGCAGCUUGGAAUUCCCAAAGUUCCCAAGUUCACAGGGAGAGAGGAGCGUUGUUUCUUGCUUAAAAAAAGAAAAACAACCCCCAAAAAACGUUGUGAAGACAAAAACAGCGAGCGACUGAGGUGUUAGCAAGUGGGAAUAGCAUAAAGCCGAAUCUGCACCGUGCUGUGCCAAGUCGAGCCAGAAGAGGGCGAUGUCUGACAACAGCCACAGCACAGGCAGCAGUGGCUCCUCAACCAACAGCUGGACCCUCCUCUCCCCCGAGGAGGCUGCUAUUGAGAAUGUCGGGCCGGUGGACGACGGCACCGAGAGCCUGGGUGAUGUUCCGAGUCUCUCUGAGGAGGUCACAGGAGCUGCUAUGGAGUUCAAACCAAGUGACAUUUCAGUAGAAACUGUCCUCUCUGAAGAAGGCCAUCAGGUGUGUCAAGAGACAUCUCCAGACUCCAGUGAGGGUCCCAUUCCUUCUAGUCCAACCGGGAUGAGUCCUCUUCCACUCAACCCCCUUGACCUUCCAGACCUGGACCAGGAGAGUCAGCCUCCAGUCAUCCAUGACAUUGUAACCAGCUCUCCCAGUGACAACGAGCACCUAGGACCCACACCUUUUGUCACCAACAUUGAUUUGGGGGCUCCACUCGAUAUUCCCGCUGCUGAACUCCUGCCAGCUGAACUUGAGGAGUCCUGCUCCGCUCCUCCCCUGACUGCGAUCCCUGUCUCUACAGAACAAGUGCUUGACGCGCUUGCCGAUAUCGGGAUGAUUCCUGCGGGCGCUGCUGGGGAGAGUCCCGUCUUCACUGCUGAACCGGAGGUCAGCAUCCCCACAGAGACCCUUACAGCUACUGAUCCUCCUCCUCAUGUUGAAGCUGAAAUCAGCUUCACUCCAGAGGAUACAGAGCCACCAAGCCAAGACCAAGAGAGCGUGGUGACAGAAAGCCCCAUCGAUGAUAGCCCCGCACCAGAGACUGUUGGUUUGGUAGAGUCGGAGGAGGAGGAGGAGGAGGAGGAGGCAGCUGUGGAUAAGGAGGAGAUGGAGCCAUUUGAGGCAGUGGCCCAGGAUAAGAGAGAAGAAGAAGAAGAAGUUCUCCCUCCCUCAGAGCCAUCCAGCAGUUUUGAUUUGGGCGACACAAGCACCUUUGAUGAUGGAGUGAGGAGGAGGAAUGCCCCCUCCUUCGAGGCACCAAGACCAAGAACAUCAGAUGAGGAAGAUGAGGAAGAGGAAGUGGAGUUCAAGCUGGCUGAGAAAAAGGAGGAAAAGCCAUGGUUCUCAAUGAACAAAUGCAUUGUGGGUGCUCUGAUCUUGCUCUUCUUAGGUUCCCUCUUCCUCUCAGGUUUCCUCUCUGACCUGGAUAAUGGUGACUUUGAGGCCUCUGAACUGAGCGAUGCAGAACAAAGCCAGGACUGGCUUAGCGGUGAUCCACAGGAUAUGAAAGAGCUAUUGGAUAAACUGACACAGGAAAACCAACAAAUCACUCAGCUAGAGGCUCAACUACAGUCUCAGAAAGAAGAACUCGACUCAGCUCUGAAGGCAGUAGCAGCGAGCGGUGAUGAAAAUGGUAAAGCAGGUCUGGAAAAAGAAAACACAAAGCUGAAGGAAGAGCUGUCCUUUCUGCCUGAGCUGAAGAAAGAGCUGGAGAGUCUGAGGGCCAGGGUGACCGAACUCAGUCAGCUCACAGCUGAUCAGGAAAUGCCCCCGGCUACCUCAAGCCCGGCCCCUCAGCCUGGUGAAAAAGAUGCUCAGAGUAACCAGAAAGCAGCUGGACCCGAGAGGAGGAAGGACACAAAUGAGGGAGGAAGGCUGAAGGAAGAGCUACAGAGGCAGAAAGUUCUUUUGGAGGAGAGCAGGAAGAGACUGCAAGGGAUGAAAAAAGAUGGAGGCGGCAGGAAACAAGUGAGAGAUAGUUUGGAGGAGAUCCAGAAAAAGCUUUCUGAACAGGUUGAGAGGUGGGGUAAGAAGAAGCCGCAGGAGUCCAAAUGGAAAGGGAACAAGGGCAAAACUAAUGAGCGGGACCACUGGAAGAAAGACGAAAAGAAAGAGUGGAGAGGAGAGAAAGAUUGGAAGCAUAACAAAGACGGAGAAUGGAGGGACAAAGAAGAGAAGAAGGAGAAGGAGUGGAAGUCUCAGAAGCAAAAUUCUCACAAAGAGGCAUGGAGGAAACACCAGGACGAGUGGGAGAGGAAGAAGGGCGAGCGCAGAACGGACAGAGAGGAGAGGAGGAAGGAGAAACCAUGGCACAGUCGGCCUGGCAAGAACUCCGACAACCAUCAUCAGCACCAACAUCACCACCACCAGCCCCGUCAGCCUCAUCAGCCCAACCAGAAUGACUUCUGGAGAGACCAGGAGCAGAAGCUCAGACGCAACGUCAGCCCCCAGCUGGGUUGCAGCUCCGUGGAGGACUGCGCCGGCAAGGAGGGGCUCUACCCGGUGGAGCUGCCCGAGUUUGAGGAACUGCUGGAGGGCUACCUGAGCAAGCUUGAGGGAUCUUCAUCUGAGAGCAAGGACAGGAUCAGGAAGCUGACUGCGGAGUUCUUCGAGGACGGCGUGUUCAUCCACGACAGGGUUCUUUUCAGUGACUUUGCCGAGGACGUGGCGGACAUUCUGGAGGACAUUGUGGACAUUUUAGAGGGCGGUGGGCAAGACGACGACUCCCUGGAGGAGGAGAUGGAGGAGUUCGAACGAGAAGCCCUGUGGAAGUUUGCUGCCACAGCUUGAAUAGACAAAG